CCCCUACCCUUAUUCAUCCUGCCAGACUGGGCAAUGAAUCUGUCCCUGUCUGCCCCAUGGGGGUGUGACAGCAGGAAGGCUUGGGGUGGACAACUUGGCUUUUUGUCAAGGCCAGGUCUUGUCCACACCCUCCAGCCUUACUAGCUCCUGUGUCGAAUCUUGAUGAAGGUGAUCCAUUCGACAGGCUGCUCCCCAUCCGAUGCGACUCUCCAUCCGAUCCACCGUCCAGAAGAUAGUCACCGAGAUCUUGCCACCGUCAGGCGGUGUCGCAUUCUCCAAGGAGGCUCGAGACUUGCUCAUUGAAUGCUGCGUCGAGUUCAUCUCCCUCGUCUCCUCUGAGGCAAACGAGAUCUCGGAGAAGGAGGCAAAAAAGACGAUCGCCUGCGACCAUAUCACCAAGGCCUUGGAACACCUCGGCUUCUCGGAAUAUGUCCCUGCAGUGCUCGAGGCGGCAGCAGAACACAAGGAAGUCCAAAAGGGACGAGAGAAGAAAUCGAACAAGUUCGAGCAAAGCGGUAUGACCUUGGAGGAACUGGAACGGCUCCAACAGGAGCAGUUCGCGGCGGCGGCAGCUCGGCAUAAUUGAUGUUUGAGCCUUGGAAGGAUCGAUAUGGCCUCCGCCAUUGAUGAUAUUCGCAUUUGUUUGGCGUUGGUCUUGUCAGAGACCGGGGGUUUGAGUUUAUAUGGAUGUGAAUAGGCGCGUCGAAUCUGCGGUUGCUGUAUCAAAUUGACUGCACCACGAUAUAUCGCUGGGUUGUUGCAU